ACCCACGGACUCAUGGCCGUGUUCGCCAUGGGCUCGUGGGUUUCUGUCAACAGUCUGUGGGUCGAGCUGCCGGUGGUUGUCAGGAAGCUCCCGGAAGAGUGGAACCUUCCUGCCUACCUGUCAGUUCUGAUUGCGUUGGGGAACGUGGGUCCGAUCGCCGUGACCGUGGCCCACCACUGCGCUCCGGGCCGUCUGAAGGAGCGCCUGCUGAUUCACUCCAUCCAGGUGCUGGCGGUGGUGGCGUCGGCCUUCCUGGCGCUGUUCUGGUCCCGCACCGUCACCGUGGCCGGAGUGGACCGCUCUCUGCCCUUCCUGGUGCUCACGUUCGUCCUGUCUUUGGUCUGCUGCACGUCCACCGUCACCUUCCUGCCCUUCAUGUUCCGGUACCCUCCUCAGUACAUCCGGACCUUCUUCAUCGGGCAGGGCUUCAGCGCCUUGCUCCCCUGCGUUGUGGCGCUGGGUCAGGGAGUCAGCCAGCUGGAGUGUAAGACGGAGAACGGCACGAGGAGGCCCGAGUAUCUGCAGGAGAACUUCCCUGCUCAGAACUUCUUCUGGUUCUUGUUUGUAAUGCUGCUGGUCUCGGCUCUAAGCUUCACGGCUUUGACCAGAAGACAGAUGGACCCGCAGGAGGAGAGGCCGGCGAACGAGCUGGACAGCGCCACCGCGGCCAAGAAGGAAGAGGAGAUGCUCCGACUCUACAACGGAGGAGUGUCGGUGUCUGAGGAGGAGGAGCAGCCGCCUGCUCCGACGUUCUGGACCACACGGAACAUCUACCUGCUGGCGCUGCUCGCCAUCUCCAACGCCCUGACGAAUGGCGUGCUGCCGUCGGUGCAGAGCUUCUCCUGUCUGCCCUACGGCGCCAUGACCUUUCACCUCUCUGUGGUUCUGGGCAACAUCGCAAACCCUCUGGCCUGUUUCCUCGCCAUGUUUGUAGUUCUCAGGUCUUCUGCAGGUCUGGGCGUCCUGUCUUUGGCUGCUGGCGUCUUCGCUGCGUACCUCAUGGCGUUGGCAGCGCUCAGCCCCUGCCCUCCGCUCCUGGGAAACCCCGUGGGAGUGGCGUUAGUGGUCGUCUCCUGGAUCGUCUUCACCGGACUCUUCUCCUACCUGAAGGUGGUGAUCGGGACCCUGCUGCACGAGGCGGGCCACGCAGCGCUGCUGUGGUGCGGCAUCUCCAUCCAGGCCGGCUCGCUGGUCGGAGCCCUGGCCAUGUUCCCUCUGGUGAACGUGUACCAGGUGUUCACCAGAGCCCAGGACUGCGUGGACACCUGCAGUUAGCGCGCGUUUCCUGGUUCAGAUCAGCCGAAGCUUUCUGC